ACACCUCAUACAGUCUUACACUGUCACUCAGGGUACUCAACCAACUAACUAUGUACUUGUAUAGUAAGGACAUGAGUAGGUAGCCUACGUAACUAGGUGGGAUGAAUGGUGGGGGGAGGCGCAUGGAGGGGCAUCGUCCACUUUACCCAAUUCCGACUAUACAUCUCGCAAUUCUUCCGUCUUGUUUAUAAAACACCUUGAAGCUCUCCAACAUUUCUUCCUCUCUUUUUCCUCUUACCCCUCCACUCCAUACUCUCUCGUCCUCUCGAUACCCGGAAAAUCUUCCACAACCUACUCUCUAUCUCAUCUCACAAUCAUGUCUCUCGGACAGUCAGUCAAGCUUAGCAGCGGCCUUGAUAUCCCAACAUUGGGUUUCGGCACAUGGCAAUCUGCCCCCGGAGAAGUCUCCAAGGCCGUCUACGAAGCCCUCAAGGCUGGAUACCGACACUUGGAUCUUGCUCUCAUCUAUGAGAACCAGCCCGAGGUUGCAGAAGGCAUCGCAAAGGGUCUCAAAGAUUUCAACUUGAAGCGUGAGGACCUCUUCAUCACCUCCAAGCUUUGGAACUCCCAACAUAGCCCUGCCCUUGUCCCCAAAGCCCUCGACAAGGCCCUCAAAGAGCUCAACCUAACCUACCUCGACCAAUUCCUCAUCCACUGGCCCGUCGCCUUCCAAGAAGUAAACUCCGGCGACGAAUACUUCCCCGCUGACACCUCCUCGACCCACAAGGGCGGCGACGUCGUGAUCAACGACUCCGUGACCCUCGCCGAGACCUGGAAAGCCGUGCUCGCGCUCCCCAAGGACAAAGUCCGCACCGUCGGCGUCUCCAACUUCAACAUCGAGCAACUCGAGUCCAUCAUCGCCGCCACAGGCCAAGUCCCCGCAACCAACCAAAUCGAGCGCCACCCGCUCCUCCCCCAGCCCGAGCUCAUCGCCUACGCAAAGGAGAAGGGCAUCCACAUCACCGCGUACUCGGCAUUCGGCAACAACGCCUUCGGCCUCCCCCUCAUCAUCAACAGGCCCGAGGUCCAGGCCAUCGCGAAGAAGGCGUCCGCCCGCCUCGGAAGGGACGUCACGCCCGCGCAGGUCGUGCUCGCGUGGUCCAAGGUCGGAGGGCACUCCGUCAUCCCCAAGUCCAUCACCCCGAGCCGUAUCGCGAGCAACUUUGACGAGAUUGAGCUCAGCGAGGAGGAGAUUAAGGAUGUCGAUGCGCUUGGCAAGAACCCGCAGCGAUUUAACAUCCCUUACACUGCCAACUCCCCACGAUGGGACAUCAACAUCUUCAACGACCCCUCCGAGGCCCCCGCCACCCACAAGCCCAUCCUCAAGUAAAUCAAAACGACACCAUAUAGAAAAGCCAACGUGCAAAGAUACCAAUAUGAUAUUUCCCUCAAGAUCUCUUCUUUCUUUCUAUCCGCUUGCUGCUGAGGCAUGACGUAGCUUUACAUAUGUAUGUAUGGCGCAGCUGAAUGGACAUCACACGGGUAGGGCGGUUACCUUACCAAUUGGGUUUGUCGGGUUGCGAUAAAUACCUACAUAGAUGGAUACGCGUGCUUACUGCACUUGGAAGGGGAAAGAGGAAUAGAAAGGGAUAAUUUAAAG